GCGCAUGCACGUGUGACUGCGUGCGCGCGUGUACUUGUGCGCGGGUCUAUGCUUUCCAUCGGGAGAAAAGGCGCUGCCGUAAAUGCCGUGUAAGCGCAAGAAUAUUGAUGCGACGGAAAAGAGGCGGCUGGCUUGACCGCGGCUCACAAAUGACGGCUCACUUGACCGGGAGAAGCAUGCCACGCUAUUUUUCCCUGAUAACUUGUCGUUUGUUGCUAAUAUCUGCGCUCCUGUUUACCAGAGAAGCUGACGCUCUACAGGUGAUUGGUGGAAGUGUGACAGCGAUUCAAGGAGGUACGGCCAUCUUACCGUGCCAUGUCACUGAUAUCAGUGAUGACUUGACACAGAUUACCUGGCAAAGGAAGACUAGACAAAAUCCUCAUAAAAACAAUUUUAUUACUAUCCAACCCAGAAAUGGACCACAGUUUGUCAAUGGACAUGAUGAUCGAUUUAAAUAUAUCGGGAAUUUUAACAGCAAAAAUGGAACUCUCCAAUUAUCCAAUGUUACCUUGAAGGACGAAGGCAGCUACACGUGCAUCUUCACCCUGUUUCCAAGUGGAAAUCAGAAGAUUGAGAUACCUCUAAACUUGCUCGUGCCUCCUUUCACAAGUGUGAUGGACAAUCUUCCCACUUUGGGCACAGAAGAGGUUUUAUUUGCUACCUGCACGGCUGCUGGAUCGAAGCCUCCUGCAGAAGUGAGGUGGCUCACUGGUGCUUUGGGAGACAAAGUGAGGACGACAACAAACUCCACCCAGUAUGACAACGGUACGACUACCACAGUCAGCUCUCUGUUUGGCGUUCCUACAAGAAAGAUUAACGGUCACCAGGUCCAGUGUGUCAUCAGUGGUGACUCCCUGUCUACAGAAGAAACCCUGGCCUUCACCAUACAGGUCUACUUUUCUCCUAUAGAAGUGAAAAUUUCAGCAAUUUCAGAGGAUUCAUUUGAGUGUGUGACAGAAGCUAACCCAAAUGCAAAAUUCACCUGGAUCAGAUCUGGCCAGUAUUUGCUGGAGUCUGCUGUCAAAGUAGAGGGUGCAAACCUACAACUGCUCAGCCUGACGUCUGAUCUAAAUGGACUCUAUCAGUGUGAAGCAUCUAACGCAUAUGGAAGUAAACACGGUCAACUCUAUAUGCAUGUGACAUCAGGAACAUGCCGUGUUGCCUGGGCAUUAUUUCUUGUUUUGCUUUCCCUGAAUGUUGGGGCUGCAGCAUGGUACUUUUAUAAAUCUGGACGUUUUCAAAGUUGAAAUUAAAUGCAGUUUUAAAUGGAUCUUCUGCCCCGGCUUCCUCUAACAGCUGUGGGAGCAAAUAAUGGACAACAUCUGGACCGAUACCUCCACCAACGUGUCAUUCCACAGUCAACUGGUAAACAAACAGAUGAAUAGAUGGAAGUACUUGGUAAUCUUUCCUACCCCCGAAUCCCUUUUAUUUUGUGAUUCAGGUUUAUAAAUGUUUUUGUCUUACUUUAAAAUUGCAGUAAUUGCAUAAAUACACGCAAAACAUUGGUAAAUGACUCCCACUCUCCUUGCAUGUCACUGCCACAGCAUUUUGGAUGUGGCUUUUACUGACUGUUCCUGUUGUCAUGAACAACUUAAACAGUGUUUGGGAUCCAUACUGUUUCCACCAACAGUUUGAAGUGCUUUCAUCUGCAGUUAACUGUUGAUAGCAGUUGUAUUAAUGUGGUUACAGCUGUUGUUGUUUUUCCCCAUCUGCUUAUUAUUAUUCAUGAAGGGUAACAAUGUUAAUUGCACAUUUUUAUGUUUAAAAUGUACAGUACCAGCACAAGUUUAGACACAUAGCCCGUUCAUAUUAAACAACAGAUGUAUCAGCAGUACACCAGAAAAGCCCAUGCAGACAGUGGGUUCAAAACAGCUUUCAGACAGUACAAACACUCACACCAGACAACUCCUUGAAUGCAGUAAUCUGUCUGUCUGAUGUAUAAUUACUACUGAGCAGCCAAAGCUGAAGGUGCAAACACUUGCUCUGUAAUUUCAACCAGUAACAUUAGUAUAUAAUUUUCUAACUAUGCAGCUCUGCCUUUGUCCUUUUUAUUAAAAAAAAGGAAUCUCAAUUACUUAUCUGGGAUGUUUUUUUCACUGCAAGUUCUGCUGCUAAAUGACUUGUCCCUUUUUUCCAAUGUACUCUCAACUUUCCAUUUCGACAGCAGGCAGCUUUAGUUACACUGUGACUCAUUUUGGAAUCUGUUAGAUAGCAUUGGCCUUAUCACAACUCCUGACACAACAACAGAAGAGGAUAAAUUGUUUCCCUUAUUUCAUGUUGUUUUCACAGACCUGCUGAUUUCCUAGUUGAACUUUUGCACAUUAGGUAUGAACUUUUACUGCAGUGAAUGAUAGAGAUACCAAAUUUAUUUUCUGAGGAUAAAUUAAAUAACUAAAGCAUGGUCUUUGGUCUGUAUUGUGUGAGUACAAGAAAAUAAUUAUUAUAAUAUGAUGUGUUAAAUUUGUUUAGAUCAGAGGAAUAAGGAAGGAUUUGUCUGUGUUUCAGUUUGGCUUAGCUGUAGGCCUGAGAGUGUGUAGGGAAAGGAAUUUAUGGACACUGGGGG